AUGAACAAGCAGAACUUGUCACUGCGUGUAAAUGACGGGAUGACCCUUGUGCCGCGAACUGUCAUGCAGCUGAGCUGGUUGGUGACCCUCGACCUGAGCGAGAACAUGCUGCUGGCAUUACCGGCGGACUUUUUCGAGAGUUUGUUGCUGCUGGAGGAUCUUGACCUUUCAUUCAAUUGCCUGGUGUCGAUCAGCCACAGUGUGGGUAAGUGUCAGCAGCUAAAGACCCUGCGGCUCGUGGGCAAUCGGUUGACUGCGCUCCCUGCAGAGCUUGGCAAGAUCUCGACACUUGAGGAGCUCGAGCUCGGCACAUUUCAGUCCGUGUUCGGCAACCCAAUCACCGAGCCCCCACCCGAAGUUUGGCAACGCAUUGGACAGCCCAAGCCGCACGCCACAUGGGGAGUCACAGGCGAGACCAAUAUUAGUCGCAAGGGACUUGGCUAUCCCAAGCGGGAGGGGAAGGACGAGUUGAUCGCUAAGCGGAAGGCUAACAAUCAAGGAGCGGAUACGUGCGAGGGACAGUUUGGGAACCAGAAGGAGCAGGGGAAAGAUGUUGGUGCGGCUGCUGCCGCGAGUGCGACCGCUGCUGUUGCUGACAGUAAGGAGGACGUCGCCGCAUUCAACGUGGAGAGGAUGGACGUGCACUCGAUCCACCACCCAGCGCUCAAAGUUGUAGAGGAGGAUCACCUUCUCUUCGACGAGUCGUCGGCGUCACACGUGAGGCGCCUCAGGAACUACCUGCUGGCGACGCUGCUGGGCGGUUCAGAGGAGCACUGGGCGCUGGCGCUGCCAGUGCUCGGGCUCAGCGAGGUGGGCAAGACGUCACUGAUCAACGCCAUGGUGGAGGGAGCCGCGAGGUGCAUGCGUGUGGGUGACCGCACCGUCGGGGUCGAGCAGCGAGCGUGGCGUCUGCCGGUGGUAGUGGGACCCGGAGGCGAUGAGGGAAAGCUUGAGAGGGAGAUCGAUCUGCGAAUAUUUGACUUUGCGGGCCAAGCAGCGUAUUCUUUGUUCACUCAUCACAUGUUUCUGACGCAUCAUGGGCUGUGCAUCGUGGCCUUCGAUCUGCACAAGUAUCGUCCACACCACAUUAAGCGCAUGGUGCUUUACUUUAUCGGCGUGCUGCAGAGCCGAGUGCCUGGUGCAGCGGUACUCAUUGUUGGCACUCACGCAGACAUGGUGAACGAAGAGGCGCAACAGCAGCGGUGUGAGCACGUGUUGCGAGUGCUUACGCACAGGCAGGGGCGCGAUCGUCAGCGGCUGGAGCGCAGGCUGUGUGAGAUUGAGCGGAUGAAGCGAUCCCUCGUGGAAGCCGAGACUCAACGCCUUCGUGGGGAAAAAGGCAACGACGCGGGCAUAGCUGAGCAGGACACAGUGAAGCACUGGGCCGAGCAGCAACAGCAUCAGCACCUUCUCAAGGAGGUGAUGGGAAAUGAGGUGGUGUCGGCGGAGCUCGCGGCGCUUGAUAUCGAGUACCAAGCUGUCGAAAGGCAGAUUAGUCGGCUGGUGCGGUUGCCAGAUAAGAUCUGCGCGAUUAGUAGUCUGACGAUGGCGGGGAUUACUGAGCUUAUCGAGGAGAUCAAGCGCACAGCACUGGACAAGAGCAAAUUCCCGCGGAUGGGUCAGACUAUCCCGCGUGUGUAUCGACAUGUGCGUGAUUGCUUGCGGGAGUGGAGAGAAGAGACGCCGUAUUGCAAAAAGGCGGAGCUCAUCCGAAGGCUCGAAGCUGAGGUGGGAGAGGAACUUCAGGCAGGGCACGAGAGCGACGGCGGCGAAGCUGGCAAUAAAAGCUAUGUGACGCAGGUUGUGAGUGAUGCCGUUGCGUUCCAGCAUGAGGUCGGGGAAGUGGUGAGUUAUGCGAGCGAUUGCGGUGGUGGCAUAGCCGAUACGGUUUUUCUGUCGAUGUCAUGGCUUGUCGACGUGCUGAAGUAUCUAGUGCGUCACGACCAUUCGGAUGCGCUGGUGUACGACGCGGCAGCAGCGGGUAAACUCCGCCCCGACGAAUUCGAGCGUGCAAAGGCGCUCUUUCUGAGCACCGGCUGGCUGACCACGGAUCUCCUGCGAUGCUGUUGGCAUGGCCUCUUCCCGCUUGGGCUUGACGACGCGACAUUCGCAGCUUUGUUGGGCAUUGUGAAGCAUUUGGACGUGGUGCUAGUGGUCGAGAACGAAGGAGGAGGGGGGGCAGGCGAACAGAUGCUGGUUCCAGCUUUCUUUCCACGUCGUUUGCCCCCACUGGCGUCAUUUUCGUGCGCUGGAGACUUCGUAGAGCGAUGGAUCGCGCUCAGCGAAGUCGUGCCUGUCGGACUGAUGCAGAGUUUGCAAGCGCGCCUGUAUGCGCACCCGUAUUUUUCUCCGGCCCGAGUUGACGAGAGCAGCUGCGGCGGUUUGAGCGUGGCCGACGAACAGGAUGCCACUUUUGGUGCUGGAGCUUUGUUCACGAUGGCAAAGGAAGGGCUGGUGGUUCGGACGGCAGAGUACGAGCUGCUGGUGCGCAUGGGCGACUGCACGGUUAGCAGCGAGAGCGACGGGAUUCAGAUCAUGGGUCGUGGCAGGCGCGCAAUUGGGACGGAUGCGUCGGACUCCAAGCCGUGGGCAGCAAUCGGUGAAGUUGAGUCCUGUGUGCUUCGCCUGCUUGGCCAGUGGAAAGGCGUCGGCUGUAGAGUCUUUGCCCGAUGGCGAUGGCGGUCAUCGAGCAUGGCUGCGACGGGCGCUGGCCUGGAGCAGCUGCCAUUGUUGAGUGCGCGCGUCGAGGAUUUGCAGCGAGCCGUACGUCGAGGGGCACCGUGUACCAUUGUGUCCGGCGGAUGUUCGGGCGACGUUGCGGCCGCCGAGACGGUGUUGUUGGGAUUGGAGGAUGCGCUUGGACCCGUGGCUGCUGAAACGAAGGCAUCCGCGGCGGCACCACCAGCGGCGGCGGUGCUCGUAAACCUGGAGCCUGAGGCGGAAUGGUUUGCCUGGCACCAGCACGCUGUGCCGCAGGCGGCUGCCGCGGGUGACGACAGCUUCGCCGAAGGGCGAGAGCAGGAGCUGAGGUUCAUUGACGAUCAGAGAAACGGCCAGGCCGCCGAGAGCGAAGGCGAGGAGGGCGUGCGCACUUGCCUUGAGCGGCUGGGCAUCGAGAGCGAUGCCGCGCAAGCCCACGCCGCCGCGCUCAUUGCGCGUGGUGUCGGCAGCGUUGGCGACCUCUGCGGGCUCACAGGCGAAGAUUUGCGGGAGGCAGGCCUGGGAGCCGCGCACCGGCGACUCGUGCUGAAGUGGUUCGGGCUGUAA